UCAAGCAACCAAUAGGAUCUCAGCAGGGCGUUAGUUCCCUUGUGAUUGACAUCCCGUAGCAGCAAAUUAGAGCGCCGCACGGUGGUGAACCUCCAAUGGAAGAUAAGGGGCGGGUCAUUGCUUGUGAUUGACAGCCCACGGCAGUGUAGAGAGGGCGGGCUUUAGGAUUUUUUUUGUUGGAUCGUCAGCAGAAGAAGCCAAUAACAACGCGGUACAGGGGGAGGGGACGCACAACGGAUAGGACGCGACCGGGACGGCUACACAGCGGCUCACCGGCGGGGGCCAGGCGGGGAACGAGCAGCGGAGAGCCCGGCUCUGUGUUACAUCCCAUCUCCAGCACUGGCGCCAUGACGUCAGCAUCGACUAAGGUCGGAGAGAUCUUCUCAGCCGCCGGAGCCGCCUUUACCAAGCUGGGAGAGCUCACCAUGCAGCUCCACCCCGUCACCGACUCCUCGCCCGCCGGGGCCCGCUGGACAGACACUGAGAUUCAGAUGUUACACUCGGCCGUCCGGCGCUUCGGGGAGGACUUAAAUCAGAUCAGCUCAGUUAUCAAGGAGAGGACAGUAGCGCAACUCAAGUUUGCCGUGAAACGGAAGAUUUACGAUGACAACGGGGUCCCCCUGUCUUCAGAUUCCCCUAAGAAGGCGGUGAAGAAAGUGGUCCCCGUGCCCUCUUCUGUCAUGUCCGUGCCGGCGCCACCAGCCGUCGGAGGAACUAGUCUUCCAGAAGGGUCUCAGGGCGCCAUGAGGAAGCGAAAGUCGUCCGACGUAACGCUGAGCGCCUUGAAUGACUCCGACGCCAACAGUGACCUGGUGGACAUUGAGGGGCUGGGCGACAGGAGUACGGCGAAGAAACUCAACUUCGAUCAGGAAAGCCUAAACUUGGAUUCCAGUUUUAUUAUGAACUCCAGUGACCUCCCGCUGUUAUCCCGCUGACGCUGCUCCGCACCCGUCCGCUCGCCCCUUUCUGUAAAUACCAAGUUCCUCACCUCCUGCAAGACGUGAAGUGUCCGAUCUCCAGCUUGUCAUCAACCCCAGAAGACCACCCCUGCCCCCCACCCCUAUAUAUUCCCAACUCCCUUGGCUGAAAUUGUGAAUGAAUUAUUAUUAUAAUUUUUUUUUUUUUU